UUGUUUUGGUUGUCUGGCUGUUUGUUUUACAGUUUAUGUGAAUAUAUUGGAUGUUAUUUUUAUUUGUCGUUCUUUAUUGAUAGAACUGUCUACUGUUUUUAUAUAAUGAUGCUGAGUCACGAUUGUGAGCAGAUCUUGUUCUUCGUUCUUUUAAGAACCAUUUACGCUAGGCUUUCUAUUAUAAAAGCGCACGUUUUGAAGGUGUUUUCUACGGAAACCAGAACGGAUAAUUAUAGAAGGAAGUUGAAUAAAGUUGAAGCGCUGUCGAACAAUGCACAGCUUGAUAUUAGUUCUUUGCACCGGGUCUACGAUUUGCUUCACAAGUGCGCCGAACAACUUAACUCCAUUAUGAGUUUGUCGAUGAUAGUAAUAUUAUUGACUGCGGGUCUAUCAACGACAAUGCUACUGAAAAUGAUGGUCAAAGUUAUACAAACAGUCACCGUCAGCAAUACUUUCGGCAAAUCAACAAUCAUAUACUUAUUUGGUCGUGGCAUGAAGUUCACGGGCCUGGUGGUGGUUCCCUGCUACUACUCGAGAGUGACUUCAUCUCAAGUUGCUGCUAUACGGACGUGUCUGCAUGAUGCUGUGAAUUCCAAACCUUUAGAUAAAAUCGAGCGUCGUAAAGUGAAAGCCUUCUUUCAGCUGACACGGGAGAAUGAAUUCACUUACGCCCUGGGAGGAGUGAUUAGACUCAAUAUGUCUUUGCCUCUGAGUUAUAUGAGCCUCUGUACAACUUACCUAGUUAUUUCUAUACAGUUUUCAAAGUUUUUCGACUAAAUAAUCUGUAAAUAAAGUUAAAUGUGUAGAAAAAGUACCUUUUUGCUGUUGUUUUAGAAGCAAAAAAUGGCCAUAUGUUUUGAUUUUAUGGAAACAGAACCAUUAAAUUAUAUUGUUACAAACAAACUAUUAAAAGUUAUUAUUUAAUUCUCAGUAAC